AAAAUAAAGCUUUUUGUCGCAUCUCGCACAACUGUCAGUUGCUCACCCCUGAACUAUGGGCUUCACCGCUGGUCACAAUUCCGGCACAGCUAUACGGUACCGAACGCACCGCACACAUUUAUUCGCUUUCUUAUUUUUCUUGCGUUAAGACACGGGCCAAGCUGCGUCGCGUUUUUUCCGUUUUUUGAAGUUUGAACAACCUUUUAUUUACGACAAUACGAUAUAAGCGGUGGUGAUAGCCUUCUACUGUUUUGAGUGAGAUGUGACAAGUGUGUUUGUGUGGCGUAUUCUUGAUCGCCGCGCCUCGAUCGUAUCGCCUCGUUCGUUAGCUCUAAAUGACCCGCCUUAAUCAAUGUACGCAACGAGAAGCCCUUUGUCGUGCCUACGAUUGUGCUGUGCCUUACGAUUAGUGAGUGAUUGUAGCUGUGGCUGUCGAGUAAACGGAGUGAGGAAAUGUCAAUGGUGAAGUCGCAGCUUCCGGAUGGCUUUGCGACGAUACGCACCCGGGGCCUUACGCGCAGCAAGAGCCGCGCCGAACAGUAUGCACCACCGUCGGUACAAAUGUCCGGACGACGAUCGACGAUGAUCGGCGUCGUGCCGCCGGUGAUGGUGAACAAAAUGAAACCGUCCGGGUCGGGCCCUCUGUUUGAGUGCCCUACCGGAGACAACGUGCACCAGCAGGGGCAGCAGCAACACCAGCAACAACCGAAGCAAGAGCAACUCCGUUACAAGAGUUCUUCGGCGACGGCGAUUGCAACUCCUCCUCCGGUUCCGCCUCGUACAUCCUCCGAGAGGACAGUUAGUGAUCGGAGCAGUAGUGUGGAAACACCAGAGGAUGUCGAGGUAGAGUGUGAUGGAGGCGAGGUGGAGGAGGAGAAGUUACCCACCGGGGGACGACAGCAGCAAAAACAACCACCCACGGGACCGUACCGUGAAGAUGACGAUAUCUACUACACUUCGUCGCUGACGUACGAAACGUUCAAGCCGCUAGCGAAGAGCGCCAACCUCGAGAUGAAGGUCGGUGACUCGAGUAACUACCUCAAUCUGGCACAGUCGAGCGAGUACAUCGAGAGCUUAGCGUACGACUUCUCACUACCACCUCUCAAAAGCCCACAGUACAUCAACGAACUGAACAUGAUGCGCACGAGAGCACUGGAUGUGUCCGCUGGUGGUAAGGGUGGUGGUGAUCAGAUGGUUCCAAUGCCUCUACUUUUUGCAGCACCACCAUCGUACAACACUGCUAUUCGUCCCGAGAGCCCACCGUCGUACGCGAAAAUUCGUUCGAGUUAUCGUUCGACCACACCGGAAAGUCUCGACAAUGGGUCUUCCAACUCUUCCACCUAUUCACACCCGUUGCAUCAUGGGAGCAAUGGGAGCGGAGGUAGUCGAUCCGCCUUCCUGUACGAUAUCCCCGCGAAAACGAUUGUCGCCUUGGCACCACACUCGUUGCAGUACCGGAAGUCAUUUAAUCACUCCAAUUCUCGGACGGAUAUUAUAUACGAGGAACCCAAAGCGUUGCAUCGAAAUGGAGGUACUGCUUGCAUUUCGAGUGACACUGACUCGAGCUACGAUGGUGGCAGUAGUAGCGGUAAUGGGGUUGGUCGUUACCUAAAGAUCCACAAGAAUGCCAGUGCGGAACUGCUAAACUUUGCGGACAUUAGCACGAACAUGCUGAGUAGUCGUCCGAAUGGAUAUAUUCGGCGGUAUGCGACACUCGGGCAUCCGGGGAAAGAUCUCCGGUACGGUCAGAAUGGUACCGGUAGUGAUGGUGGCGGUGUUGGUGGUGAUGAGGAUGAGUUUGGUGCCGGUGCCAAAUCGACAUCGUCGUUGAAUGAUCAGGAUCUGGUGAAGGUGGACGAUGAUCUGUUGAACUACAAAAUCGGCUGUCAGACAACGUUAAGGAGUAAACCGGUUAUACCGUGGUACGAGUUGGCCAUUCGCAAAGACCACCGCCAAAGCUGUCCCGCCAUGAAGGAGGCUCAUGUGGUGGCUGCGUUCGAGCAGAGUCUUUCAAAUAUGACCCACAGACUGCAGUCGCUUACGGCCACGACGGAGAAGAAGGAUAGCGAAAUAUUGGACAUGCGCCAAACGAUAGAGCUGCUGCGGAAGCAAUCGAUCCAGGCCGGUUUAACUACCGCCCAUAUGCAGAGUAUGGGCGUACAAGUUAAUGGGCAGGUCAACGGAACGGCGAUCGCAGCUGAGCAGACGAAAACGACGACGACCGGCACUGCCAACAAAGCGGUAGCAUCUAAUGCUACCGGUUCGGCGACAUCGGUGCCGGCCGGUGCAGAAAUGCAACGGCACCAUAGUUCCGAUUCUAUGUGCUCGUUGAAUUCGGUCAGUUCCGGCUGCUCUGCCCAGGACAAGAGCAAACAGAAGAAGAAGGGAUGGCUCCGAAGCUCGUUUACCAAAGCCUUUUCGCGCAAUGCCAAAAUCUCCAAAACCAAUCGCCACGUUACGGCGGGUAGCAACAACAAUGGAUCGACGGCAGGUACGGUGACGGAUAGUGGUAACCAUCAUCAUCAUCAUCACCACCAUCAUCAUCACCAUGGGUCAGUGUUGGAGAAUGGAGCAAGCAGCACCACAACGACCAUGGGUCCAUUGAAUGGUGUUGGUAGUCUGAAACAACCGGGAAUUCCACCACCACCAGGUGCCGGUCUGCCACCUCCUUCACCAACCAAAGGUAGUCCGCAUAAGACGGUGACCGUUAUUGACAAUGCCAAACCAGUCGAUGCCAUCGAGCUGAAUGGAAACCCCGUGGUGGAAGAUCUCAAGAAGCAGCUGCGCGAAAAGGAUCUCGUGCUUACCGAUAUCAGGCUGGAAGCGCUCAGCUCAGCAUCACAGCUUGAAAGCCUGAAAGAUACGGUGAUGAAGAUGCGCCAGGAAAUGAUGAACCUCAAGCAGAACAAUGAAAGAUUGCAGCGGCUCGUAACGACCCGCUCGCUGGCCGGAAGUGAGGUAUCACUCGGUCCCGUCAGUCCGAGCGGUUCAAUCGGAGAACCACGCCGUUACAGUUUGGCUGCCGAUAAUGGUAUGGGUAGAGCUCCACUAGAGCUACCCCAGAAUCUGGACGAAACGGAAGAAGACAAUAUCCCACCGGCGCCCGCUCCGGAACCACCGCCAGCACCGCUCAGUCCAGCCAUUAUCGCCGAACUUUCGCCCACGAUCGAGCGUGCAGCGAUGGUAAACGAGAUUCUCACAACACCCGCCGAAGACGUGGCUGAUCCGGUCGAUGGGAAGAAGAUUUCCAUCGCCGUUUACCUCGGACAGCCGGAAUCCUUCCCGAAGUACGCGGAAGAGAUGAACGAAUGUGAUAACUACUACCACUCAUCGCCGGACGAUGAGCUGGGUGGCGAGAAGUCGGAAGCAAACGGUGAGAAAGGACCGAAAUCGUCCUCGUUCUCCAUCGGAAAUGGUGUGGAGACGAACGAGUUUGUCAUUGCGUACACGUACAUCUCGGGCAAAACGACCUGGCAAAAUCUGGACUAUAUCGUGCGCAAAACGUUCAAGGACUAUCUAUCGCGGAUCGAUCCGGGAACGAAUCUGGGCCUGAAUACGGAUUCCAUCACGUCGUAUCAUCUUGGAGAGGCUAAACGUGGCCCGGAGAUGGGAUUUCCGGAGCUGCUGCCGUGCGGAUACAUUAUCGGCAAUGUAAAGACGCUGUACAUAUGUCUGCAGGGUGUCGGAAGCCUUGCGUUUGAUAGUUUGAUCCUACGCAACAUUGUUCAUCGGUACAUUUCGCUGUUGACGGAGCAUCGGCGAUUGAUUCUUUGUGGACCAAGCGGUACGGGAAAAUCGUACCUAGCGCGCAAACUCGCCGAAUUUCUUGUGGCAAGAGCUGGUCGUGAUAAUCCAAUUGAAGCUAUUGCUACGUUCAAUGUCGAUCAUAAGUCUUCAAAGGAACUGCAGCAAUAUCUUGGUCAUAUCGCUGAACAGGCCUCGAUGUCCAAUGGAGCAGCAGAAGAACUACCAGCGGUAAUUAUUCUGGACAAUCUCCACCAUGCUUCGGCCUUGGGGGAUGUGUUUUCGUGUCUGCUUAGUGCCACAGCCGCCAAGCUACCGUGCAUCAUAGGAACGAUGUCACAAGCGACGUGCAACACGACUAACCUACAACUUCACCACAACUUCCGAUGGGUUCUUACGGCGAACCAUAUGGAACCGGUGAAAGGAUUCUUGGGUCGAUUCUUGCGUCGUAAGGUGUUUUCCGUGGAGUUGCACAACCAGCAACAGCAGCCACAGCUCGAGAAAGUGUUGAAAUGGUUGCCAACCGUCUGGCAACACAUUAACAGCUUCCUCGAGACACACAGUUCCAGCGAUGUUACGAUCGGUCCACGAUUGUUCCUGUCCUGUCCGAUGAAUCUACCCGAUUCGCAGGUAUGGUUCACGGACGUUUGGAACUAUCAUUUGGCACCAUAUCUGAUGGACGCCGUCCGGGAGGGUGUUCAGCUGUACGGUCGUCGAGGUGGUGCAUGGGUUGAUCCCUGUACGUACAUUCGCGAAACGUACCCGUGGCCAGUCGGUCCGACGACGGUACCACAGCUCCGUCAAAUUACGGCCGAUGACGUUGGGCUGGAGGCAAGCGCACCAGGAAAUUCGGAAAAUCAAGAUCCUCUGUUAAAUAUGCUGAUGCGUCUGCAGGAAGCAGCCAACUACAAUGGCAAUGCGGAGCAAGACUCUGAUUGUGCUAGUUUAGAUUCGAACAUGACGCACGAUAGUUCGGCUGGUGCGGAGUAAGUUUGACCUCAAAAAGGACGAGGAUAGACGCAGUAGAACACCAACCAGAAAUUGAUGUAUCGCAAGAAUUAAUUCACAUACACCAUAACUUGGAAGAUGAUACACCACAAAGUAACACACACCAAAACAAGAUAGCAGAGUUAACGAUGUGUAAACUCGAAAAAGUGUAUAUUUACACAGCAGGAGCAACUUUUUAUGGCUUAUGGGAUUUUUCAUAAGCCUAGCGAAACGAAACAGUCGCCAUGAAGAACACGAACAAACAGGAAAUGAAUGCUGCCUGUGGAUUAAAAUAAUCUACCCUCUUUGUGACCAACAACAACACCCAAAUACAAGGUUGCAGUUCAUUCUUUGUUGCCGCUGCCUGCAAUCAGUAGCGGUAAGGAAAUUCAACUGUAUCCUACCCACCCUCCCCACACACAGUGACACGAGGUGGAGGCGCGAAAAAGGCUAUUAAUUAAUUUCACUCCAAUGGUCCAAUUGGUGGGGCCACCGAUAAGGUAAUAUUGAUGAAAUUGCAGUGUACAUACAUGCGUGCAGGUAAACCAAAACGCGCUUCUCUGUUCCCAUAACCAUCACAGCGUGUGAGUGUCUAUGGAAUGGAAGAAAAACGUGUCAUCAUUUCGAUCGUCAUUAUUAAGCCUCAUUAACGCAAGUGAAGCCAUUAAAUUAAUUAACCGAGCCGAAGGUGUGUGGUAUGUGGUUGAUGGUAUGAGCGGUAGAAAAAAUCAGGACCAAAACAAAACAAAAAAGCUGGACGAUCCCAAAUCAGAACACCGGCAUACAUUACCCUCACGUUUCGUAGGUUUAUUCGGCAGGUGUGUGUGUGUGUGAGUAAAAGUCGAGCUAUACGAGUGUGGCACCAAUUUUGUGAUAUCAAUUUCACACGUGAGUUGUACAUGGUCAUGCUAGUAAAAGUGCCAGCUAAUUACUUAUUCCACGAAUCAAAUCAUGGCAAAAAAGAGCUUUGCCAGUAGCGUGUAUGCGUCAAAGUGUGUAGUGUAAAGGAACCGAACCCGACGCCUAUCGACGAUCAACUCUGCAAGUGCGUAGAGCGCACUCUACUGGUGGGUUUCGGAAACAGCGCGAACGUGUAAUGCGCGUUGCAUACCAGCAAGGGGCAAACUGAUUAAACGUCAGUGGAGAAUUUUUCCGCUGCGCUACGAAUUCAAACGUGUGGAAAAUUGAUCGUGUUUGAUCUCGAUCAGGGAAAGCAACCCUCGUGGGGUGAGAAUUUUGCAUUGAUUGUAGUGAAAGUAAAAUGAUGGCGACUGAAUUUUGUGCGUGUGUAAUAGUUAAACGAAAUUUAAUGAAAAUACUGCCUGCAUUGAAAGGGAUCCGCCGCGCGGUACACACGCACUCCAACCAAAAAUGCGUUCAACGGAAACAAUAAUUGAAUUGUGAGAGAAUUUUGAAACGACCAUUCACACCUGCGUGUACAUUUAAUUUGUACCGGUUUGUUGAAUGUAUGUAACUCGACCAUAAGCUUAAGGAUUGUGAGAUAAAACAAAGCACAUCACAGCAUCAGCAUUAGUGUAUCCAUAACAUUUCCCAUUACUUUGGUACCACGUAGGUGCACUGUGUUUUUGUGCGCUGUUGUGGGUUUUUUGGAUGUGCGUAUUUUGGGUUUGUUUACACAAAGCAAGUAAAGGCGUGUAAGUGAAGAUUGUGUGCAGCUAGAAAAUGCAGCAAUUGUGUAUGAGAAGAAAACGAGUUUUCUUUUGUAAAUAGUUAGUAACUCGUAAGCGUAUCCGGUAUCCUUUAACGAUAAAUGACUCUCCUUUACAUACACUAUUCACAUGUUAGUUUCAAGCAGUAUCAUACGAAGGUAAAACUAUCUAUCAUAAUCAAUCGCGCGUACGUUUCAUCUCUAGCUAGUGUAUGAAAUUUAGUCCUUAACAAUUCUUCGUAAGGAAUCGUGUAAAAACAACAACAAAAGUGCUAACUUUACAACAUAACAGUUAAACAAUUCCCCGUUUCCCCGCUAUUCUCGUGUAUCUCUUCCCGUGUAUUUGUUAACCAAAACUCGUUCGAUUGUUUGUCGCUUCUAAAGCUUUAAUCUACUCGCCCUUUUUGUCCCACUGGAAGAGAAGAUAUGUACUUGCGUGUGAACGACACGUAAGGACAUGUUGUUCUUUUUCACCCUACUUAAACCAUCUCGAUGCAUGGUUACAAUGUUUUGCGAUCCAUGUUUUGUAACAUAGUGUAGUAUAAUUAGUUUCGCACGUUUCUUUUGCGUUUUGCGAUCAGUUUUGUUCGCGAGUACGUAGAUGUAUUUCUGCUUCUUCGGGUCGCUUACUUUUCACGCACUUACCUUCCUUCCAUCAUUCGCGGAUAAUCAUCAAGCAAACAACCAAACGAUAUUACACUCAUACAACUCGUGAUAAAAAAAUGAAACUGAGAAUAUAACUAAAACUAAAAUGGAAUAAUACAAACGAAGGAAGAAGCUCGACCCGACCGUUGCUACAAUAAUGAUAAAACACACACAAAACUCUCCCUUCAGUAAACAUAUACAACACAGUGUUUAAGUGGCCAUGAAUGCAACAUUUAACUUUAUCAAACAAAUAAUACAACAAAAAUGGAAAAAUCGAAAAAAGACACACACGCAUAAACGUCAAACUUUCUUAAAUAAAACAAAUGAAAAAAAAAAUUACAAUUACGGGAAG